GCCAAGAGAAAUGCGUAUAUUUUUACUGCUAGUCGUAGCGCUGGGUUUGUUGGCAUUGGUGUGCUGCCAUAACCCUGAGGAGAAAAAGCCGUAUCCUUAUCCCAAGCGCGGUGGAGGUGGCAGAGGCGGUGGUAGAGGAGGUGGAAGUGGAGGAGGUGGCAGUGGAGGAGGUGGCAGUGGAGGAGGUGGCAGUGGAGGAGGUGGAAGUGGGGGAGGUGGAAGUGGGGGAGGUGGAAGCGGCGGUCCCAGCAUUGAGAGCUGUCCACGUCCAUCACCGCAGAGCUUGAAGUGCCUGCAAGAAUGGGCGUGCCAGCAAGUCAUACGUCUGGAUCUGCGCUGUCUGCUCAACCUGAAUGGCAACAAUUUGCUGGGCAAUCUUGUGAGCAUUCCCGGAGUAACUGGCGGCGGCACCGGAGGCGGCAUUCUGGGUGGACUGCUGGGCAAAUAGUCGUGGGAUGGAGUGUAAGAGGAGUGGAAGAGAAGUAUGCACACAUUAAAGCAAUAAAAAGCUAAGUAAAACGAGAUGGCCGCCAUCGAAU